AUGCCCUACCUUGAAGAAUUCACGUUACAUGACCGAACAUACGAGGAUGAUAUCGUGCACGACGACGAUGGCCCAAUAUCCCUGUUUGAUGGGGAGACGGUUCCGAGGCUUGCCGACCUUUGCUUCUUCGGAUCUGUUGCCUUGCGGUACUCGAGCCCACUCGCAACAAUUACCACCCUCCACAUCGGUUGUCAACUCCCCCGCGUCCCCUUUACAGAGUUCGCCAUUGCGCUCGCGUCGUACCCACACCUCACCUUCCUCGCCAUCUAUGAUGACAUGUUCACUUCGAUUUCCUGGGGGGGUUUCGACCGCACGAUCGAAGUGCCACAACUCGAGUCGCUUUUCAUACUGGGCAAUGUGAUCUCAACGCCCAAACUUCUCGUAUCGCUGUCGGCGCCCAAGCUGCGAGAGCUCAUCAUCGCUCCAUUCAUCGAGGACGAUCUUAUUGAGCUCAAGAAUGUUAUUGAUGUCGGCACCGAGUCCCCUUUUCCACUCUUAUCGUCACUGACCCUCGCCCCUGCGCACUCCGGGGUGUGGGCGCUGCGAAUUGCAUCUACGUGCUUUCCUCAAGUACGCAAGCUCAUCGUCGCGAGCGUUUCCAAGAUAUCUUUAACAUACCUUUGGAUGGAAAAGACUAUGAGCAGGACCCUCUUUUCAGCUCUGACCGAACUCGCCGUGACAGAUAUCGACCUGGAUGUCUUGUCUAUUCUGGGCAAGAUUAGCAGGUCCUAUAUGAGGGCGGGAAUUCCUUGUGUGCAAAAGGCGUAUAUAGACAGCGCUUCGUGGGGUCGGAUGGAGGGUAAAUUGGGUGCUUGUGAUCUCGAGAAGAUCCUUCUCGUUUUGUUGACUAGCCUCAAGCUAAAUACUAUCUUCGCGCUGCAUCUAGCUGAGGACUCAAGAGCGUAA